AUGAGUAACCCUAUGCCUCGGGACUUCACAGUAAAUGGGAUUAAACGUUUCGGUAUCACUCUUGCAGGCCCACCAAGUGAGCCCCUGCAGGAGAAUACGGAGGAGUAUACCGCGCUGGCGUUUGCUAUCCAUGUCGGUAUCUCCAUUCUUGAAAAGGCUGCCGGCCGUCAAACCAUGACGAGCCUUGGAACGGCGCUGGUUCAAGCAUGGCUCCUUGGCGGGAAUGGCUUCCGAUUCCAUGGAGACCAGGAUCAAAUGGCUGAAUAUGUGAACGAGUUCCUCCACGCCAUUCGGGGCAACUUCCCUCGUGUCAUCUUGGACAGCCUUGGUCCUGACGUGAUUGCUGAAGCGAGGCGCAUCCAAUGUCAGGAUCACAGCUUUUCCCAGUAUAACCCCAAGAGAGCUGGCGGGAUCUAUUACAGUCGUUCACGAGUCUCCCAGAUGGCGUCAGCUGCCCGAGAGGCCAACGAUACAAGCCCUCACGGCAGGAAAAUGGCCGCUCGCUUUAAGACAUUUCUAUUUAUGUUUGCUAUAGCCACUGCCCACGAGAUUACCCACCUUUUUGUCGGAUACCUAGCCCAAGGACAGGAUACUACACAGUCAUACACACCGCCAACCCUGUCGUAUUUGAACUAUGCCGGACCCAGCUGGGGUGAGUCAGGACGCUGGCUGGAGAGCCAUUUGUUUGGCGGCUCAAUUGAAUUCUAUAGAAACAUUUCGGAUGACGAUGGUCAAGCCGGUAUUCCAUACGUUCUUGAUUCAAACGCCCAUGCUCGAAAGAUUCGUGCAGCUUGCGUCCGCGAACUCGUGACAAGCAUUGGAGAGUUCCAAACCUUCCCCUUCACUACGACUGGCAGAGCCCUCACGGCCGAGGAGAGGAGGGAGAGGGGCUUACUUAGCAUGGGCACAACAUACGUUAAUGAAUCGCAGUCAAGUGAGUCUGUUCUCAAAGCAAUAUCCACGCAGUGCAAGCCUCGAAAAAUCCAGUGCGAGCUGGUACUCAUCGAUGUGAUAGCCAUAUCUGGGUCUCUUGGAUAA